AAGUAUCAAUCGAUCUCUGUAUAUUUUUGUUGUUAGUUUGUUUUCUGCAAUCAUCAUGCGUUGUGCUCUGAUGGUACCGACCUCUCCCCUUUUUUCACCGUCGACAUCCAGAAGUCCGUCGGCGUUCUGCAAAUCAGAAGCUUCAAGCUUCUGCCCGUCGCCUCGCGUCCAUGGACCUCAAGCGUCUACGACGUUGAUUACAACACCGCGGUCUCCUUCGUUUCUCACUGAGAAGAAACAGCCUUUGUCGGGGUCUGUAGCAGGUGGGGUUGCGAUGAAGUGGAAGAGGCCGGGGAGGAUAGAGAUACCAGCGCUGCUGCCGGUGGGGAUGGGGUUUGCUGCGGAGACACAGAGGGGAGAGGAGGAGGUUCGGGUGGAAGGGGAAGGCUAUUCGGUUUAUUGUAAGCGAGGGAGCCGGAGGUUGAUGGAGGACCGAUACUCAGCUGUAGUACUUGAACAUGAUGGAGAUUCUAAACAGGCUUUCUUUGGUGUUUUUGAUGGGCAUGGUGGUGUUAAAGCUGCCGAAUUUGUGGCGAAGAAUUUGGGAAAUAACAUAACAGAAGAAGUGUCGAACAGACGUAGAGAUGAUAUUGAAGGUGCCAUCAGGGAUGCAUAUCUGACCACAGAUAGGGAGUUUCUAAAGCAAAGGGUAGGCGGUGGCACUUGCUGUGUUACUGCUUUGAUACAAAGAGGUGAUCUUGUUGUAUCAAAUGCAGGUGAUUGUCGUGCUGUUAUGAGCCGAGGAGGUGUUGCAGAUGCUGUGACCUCCGAUCACCAGCCUUCAAGGCAAGAUGAGAGAGAUAGAAUUGAAGCUCUGGGUGGUUAUGUCGAUUGCUGCCGUGGUGUUUGGAGAGUACACGGGUCUCUUGCUGUAUCUAGAGCUAUUGGAGAUCAAUUCCUUAAAAGAUGGGUAAUUGCUGAACCUGAGACAAAAGUAUUGAAAAUUAAACCUGAUUGCGAGUUCCUAAUCCUAGCUUCGGACGGUCUUUGGAACAAGGUUUCCAAUCAGGAGGCAGUGGAUUUGGUUCGGUCUGUAUGUGUGGGGGUGGAAAAACCAAACACAUUUUCUGCUUGUAAAAAGCUUGCAGAAUUGUCAUCAUGGAGAGGCUCCUUGGACGACAUAAGCGUGAUGAUUAUUCAAUUAAAUCAUUUUGUUUCAUGAAUAAUUAUCUGGAUGAUGAUGAUCUUAUCGAAGGCAACUGUGCAUGAUGGUGCAACACUAUUGAUAAAUGUUCUCAAAAUUUCUUGAACUAACUAAUUAGCUAUAUAUAGUUCAUGUGAAGUGUGGGGCUGGGGUGGCUGCGGUACAUGCAGUGGUGGUUCAACAACAAAAUAAAUGAUAUUGCAAAAAGACAUUAGAUUUUGUUGAUCAUGUCACUGCAUUUUUUUUUUCUCGCAAUGUUUCAUGAUGCCUUUCAAUGAAUGAAGUCCGACCUA